AUGAAGACCAUGCUGCACAUCCGCUGCAAAUGUGGAUAUAAAGGCCCAGACUCAGGAGGCUCCACAUCUGCACACUUCCUCUCCACCUGCUCCUCUGACCUACUCCAUCCUCAACCAAACUCCAGAACCAUGACCUGCUGUGGCUGUUCAGGAGGCUGUGGCUCCAGCUGUGGGGGCUGUGGCUCCAGCUGCUGCAAGCCUGUGUGCUGCUGCAAGCCUGUGUGCUGCUGUGUGCCAGCCUGUUCCUGCUCCAGCUGUGGNGGCUGCAAGGGAGGCUGUGGCUCCUGUGGGGGCUGCAAGGGUGGCUGUUGCCAGUCCAGUUGCUGCAAGCCCUGCUGCUGUCAAUCUAGUUGCUGUAAACCAUGCUGCUCUUCAGGAUGUGGGUCAUGUUGCUGUCAGUCCAGCUGCUGCAAGCCCUGCUGCUGCCAGUCCAGCUGCUGCAAGCCUUGCUGCUCUUCAGGUUGUGGGUCUUCCUGCUGCCAGUCCAGCUGCUGCAAGCCCUGCUGCUGUCAGUCCAGCUGCUGCAAGCCCUGCUGCUGCCAGUCCAGCUGCUGCAAGCCCUGCUGCUGCCAGUCUAGCUGCUGCAAGCCCUGCUGCUGCCAGUCCAGCUGNUGCUGCAAGCCCUGCUGCUGCCAGUCCAGCUGCUGCAAGCCCUGCUGCUGCCAGUCUAGCUGCUGCAAGCCCUGCUGCUGCCAGUCCAGCUGCUGUGCCCCUGUGUGCUGCCAGUGCAAGAUCUGA